AAAAUGUAAACAAGAGCAGCGAGGGAGCAGCUGGAGAGAGGCAGUCAGCUGAUCCGAAUUCCCAGCCCAUUUUUACCCUCAUUCCUCCAUUAUGACGAUACCUGGCGCUUGAGGGACCUCGGAAAUCACCUCCACUCUCCCAGGCACACCAUAAAAGAGGAUUGUGUAGGAUGCGGGUGGUGGGGCUGGUGUCGGGGGGAAAGGACAGCUGCUUCAACUUGCUCCAGUGUGUAGCUGCAGGACACCAGGUGGUUGCCUUGGCGAACCUGGCACCUAACCACACAGAUGAGUUGGACAGCUACAUGUACCAGAGUGUGGGUCACAUGGGGGUGGAGAUGUACGCAGAGGCUGUGGGGGUGCCUCUGUUUCGCCGGGUGAUCCAAGGCUCUUCCCUCAACACCACCUCCAUCACCUACAACCCCACAGAAGGAGAUGAAGUGGAGGACCUCUAUCUCCUCCUCAAGGAAGUGCAGGAGAAGUGCCAGGUGGAUGCAGUCAGUGUUGGCGCAGUUUUGUCAGAUUACCAGCGUGUCAGAGUGGAGAACGUGUGCAGCCGGCUGGGUCUGGUGUGUCUGGCUUACAUGUGGCGUAGGGACCAGUCGGAGCUGCUGCAGGAGAUGGUGGCUUGUGGGUUGGAUGCGAUACUUAUCAAGGUGGCUGCCAUUGGUCUGCACCCUCGCAAGCAUCUCGGCAGGUCUAUCUCUCAAAUGAUGUCCUACUUAGAAAAAAUGAAGGAGAAGUACCACCUCAAUGUGUGUGGGGAGGGUGGAGAGUAUGAGACAUUCACCCUGGACUGUCCCCUCUUCAGGAAGCGCAUUGUUGUCCACAAGACAGAGAUGGUGGAAACAGCUGGUGAUGUUGGGUACCUUAAUUUGACUGAACUGGAGCUCAUCAGUAAAGAUAUUCCGGAGGGCACCAGUCAGCAGGAGAUGGUGAGGGCGUCAGGUCUCCGCACCCCUGAAGACUUCCUGUCUGACCUGAAGCUGGCGGAGGAGGAGCAGCAGGCAGAGGACCAGGCCAAGGAGAGACACAUUGAGGACGAGUGUGACAGUGCCGCUCUUAGCUGUGAGGAGGAGGCUUGGGAGGGAGAGGGAGACCACUGCCCACUGGUUCGCACCCCCACUGGAUUCUCCUUCAUCUCCACCAUCUCUUCUGCCUCUGCUGAAGAUGCCCUGCUUAAGCUAAAAGAGCUCCUGGCGGGGGAGGACAUGGCAGUGCGGCACGUGGUGAGCGUCAAGAUGUACGUACAAGACAUGACUGAUUAUGCCCAGCUCAAUAACCAGUAUAUCAGACACUUCUCUGUCAACCCUCCUGUUAGAGUUUGUGUAGAGGUGCCACUGCCAAGCCAGGUGAGGGUACAGCUGGACGUGUGUGCGUGGCGGCAGAGUCACGUCACCACAGAGGAGGAGGAGGGGGACCAGCUGCACCCUGCCUCCCGCACCACCAUGCACGUCCAGGGGAUCUCCCACUGGGCCCCGGCGAACAUUGGGCCCUACAGCCAGGCGGUGAAGGUGGGUGGCGUGGUGGUGGUGGCUGGCAUGAUAGGGAUGGUGCCGGGGACAAUGCAGGUGGUGGCAGGCGGCGUGGAGGUCCAGGCCAGACUUGCUCUCCGCCACGUGUCUCGGGUCAUCACCGCCGUUGUGGCCACCUCAGAUAUCAGGGCUGUGGUGCAGGGUGUGUGCUUUGUGACACGGCUCUCGGAUGUGGGCGUGGCGCGCCGCAUGAUGGCCCGUCUCAGUGAAUCACAGAUCUCAACCUACGUGGUGGUGCCUGCCCUGCCCCGCGGUGCCCUGGUGGAGUGGCAGACCUGGGCGUGUGUGGAGAACAACAAGUUUGAGUAUGAGGAAAAGGGUUACACAAGAGGCAACGUCAACGUGCGGCUGCGGCGGCGGUGGUACCAUGACAACUCCGUGUGUGCCGUCAACACUGUGGCAAGCUGUUUUUCAUGGGAGGACCUGACACUGGAGAUCCUGGAGGAGGUGAUUCAGUACACACUCACCAAGGCCGACACCUGCACACCCCUGAGCCUCACCCUUUACUACAGGAGUGGCCGCCUCUCCCGUACCCUCCUGCAGCAGGCCAUCUCUGCUGCUGUGCCCCAGGAGCUGGUGGCUGUGUCCCUGGUGCCUGUGCUGGCGGUGGAGGACAAGCACACUCUCCUUGCCCUCGCUGCGACCCGCCACUGAUCACCUGCAGCCAUUAAUAGUCUCUCUUUUGUCUGUAUGCUUGUUUUUUUUUAUUUAUUUAUUUAUUUUUUUAUUAUGUUUAUUUAUCCUUUGUUUUUUUUUUCAUUUUUUUUUUUUGUUAUUUUUAUCUAUUGUUUUUUUGUUUUGUUUUGUUUUGUUAUUUUUGUUUGCCUUUUUUUUUUAUCUUUUAUGCUUUCAUUUUCUCUUUAUCUUUACAUAUUCUCUUUUUUUAUUGUUUCUCUUAUUUUUUCAGUAUGUUUAUCUAUUCUCUGUUUUCUCUGUCUCUCUCUCUCUCAUAUCUUUAUACUUCUUUGUUUGUUUUUUCAUUAUUUUUUAUUUCUCCUGUGUCUUUUUUCAUUGUUUUAUUACUGUUUUCUUUUUUUUUUGCUUUCUUUUUUAUUACAUUAUAUCUUUUGCUUGCUUCCUUAUUUCUAUCCUUUAUUUUGUCUUUUUGCUUCCUUCUAGCCAUUCCCUUGUGCAUUCCUUAUCAUUCUUUUUAUCCCUUGGUGUGUCUUCCUGCUUCUGUUCACGUAUUUCAUUCCUUUAUCUUCAUUCUUGCAAUCAGUUGCUGUCCUUCAUUUUACAUUUCUACUCCCUUUUUAUCCCUCUAUCCUUUUAUCUUCUCUUUCCCUUCUUGCACCAUCCUUCUACUCCUCUUUAUCACCUUACUGUCUUAUACUAUGCUAUUAUCUUCUUCCCUACUUCCCUCCUUUAUUGUAUCACUUUCCUGCCCUCCAUCUAGUCAUGUACCACCACCACCGCCCACUCUCACUCCUCUCUCAGUCACUCUUUUUCUCUUUCCACUUCAAUGAAAACCACUGCUCUUAUGGUCACUCCACUGUGUUUUGUUCUUCUUCCAAUUAUCUGUAUCCUUUUCUCAGCCCUCUUUCUCUUCCUUGUCUAUGUCUUUACUCCUUUAUUGGUUAUUAUACUGUUCUUCUCUUCUACUUCUCUCAUCUUUUGUGUGUUUUAUCAUUCUCUAAUUGACUGCUCUUCUCUCUCGGUCAGUGCAGUCUUUUUUCCUCUUUUGUUUGCUAUUUUCUCCUUUUCCUUUAUUUGACUCAACCUAUGUAACCUACCAUUCCUUCAUCUCUCCUCCAAUUGACUGCAGUCCCUUCUGAGUCACUGUAGUCUUUCUUAUCACUUCAUUUUCACUGUGUAAUUCUUUUUCCGACGUCUUUCUCCUCUUCCUUUGAUUGACUCUCAGUAUAUGUACCCCCUGUCACUUCUGUUAUUCUCUUUUAACUGUUCACCUCUGCCAUCACUAGCUUCCCUGUCAGUCUCCUUCAACUGUACAUUCUCAGUCAAUCCAGUGCCCUCCUCUUCUGAUUGCCCACAUCUACCCUAGUCACCCCCUGUCCCUCCCUUACCUCAUCCUGGCACUCUAUCCACUAAAACACACACCACAGCCUCCUCCUCCAGUGUGUCGUCCUCUGACCGGACCCAAACAAGGGGUUCUGUGCUGCCAAAACAAGUGCCGUCAUCAAUGCCACCACCACCACUGGCACCACCAGAAGGAUCUCUUCAGCUGCCACCUCCACCACUUGUUCCUGCUGUGAUCACCGCCUCCCCACACACCCAAUGCCAAAGAGAGGGAGUGCAGAGACAGAGAGAGACUGAGAGUGAGAGAGUGAGCAAGAGAUAUAUUUAAAAACGUGUGAUGUUGGAAGAGUUUAAUGGCGCUGAGAGAGAGAGAGAGAGAGAGAGAGAGAGAGAGAGAGAGAGAGAGAGAGAGAGAGAGAGAGAGAGAGAGAGAGAGAGAGAGAGAGAGAGAGAGAAACUAGCAUUGAAACUAAGAAACACCAUCACUAUUAUAACCACUGCUACCUAAUACCACUACUACUACUACUACUACUACUACUACUACUACUACUACUACUAUUACUACUACUACUACUACUACUACUACUACUACACUUCAGCUACUACCACUACCAAUGUUACUACCGUGUCAUUAUUACCAACUGAGCCAGACUUUGAAAUCUGGUCUGCAGUUUGAAAAAGUGAAUUAUUGUCAUUAUCAUCAUAUUGCUGCUUAUAACUAGUCGUAUAUAUAUAUUUUCACCAACUGGCAGGGAUAAAUCUUCCAGGAAUGCAACCGGUUUUAACCUUACUGGAAAUUUGCUGGGAGUUUUUGACGAUAAGUUGCCAGGUAGAGGAGGUGGAAUGCAGAAUAUUAAUAUAUGAGGCUGUAUUUGUGAAUAGAAGAAUAUAUGUCAUGAACAGUAUUAUUCUUGCUUUCUGUGGCUGUGUGAGUGAGUGGCAGGGAGGAGGAAUGAGAGACAGAGUGAUGGGAGAAAAGAAUGGUUGGUAGUGGUGAAAUAUUGUUGGCUAAGUAAAGGAAAGUGAAUGUAAUGGUAAGUAUUGGAAAAAUGUGUAAGUGGCUGAUGAGUUAAGACUGUGAAGAGUUGGUGGAAAUUAAAUGUUCUUGUGUGCAUGAGGAAAAUGUGAGUGGAAACUAAAUAAGAUGAAAGGAAUGAAGGAAAAGUUUAUAGUAAUGAAAUAUUUUGUCUUGGAAGAAAAUAGAAAUGGAAAAAUAAGGUGAAUGAAAGAAGGAAGGAAAAGUUUAUAAUAAUGGAAUAUUUUGUCUGAAGAAAAUAGGAAUAGAAAAGAAAGGUGAAUGAAAGAAGGGAGAAAAGGAGAGUUGAUAGAAGUGAAACAUUCUGUAAUUAAGAAAGAUGUGAAGAGAAAACGAAACAUCUGAAAACAUGUAUCACAUUCGGCACGUGACGGAAGCAUAACCUGGUAGUGAUAAGAUAACAUUGUCUGGAUGAAGAAAAUGUAAACAAAAAUUAUCUUAAGAAAUACAUGAUGAAAAAAUGGUGUUAUAAAAUAUGAAAGAAAAUCAGUGGACAUGAUUGUGAUAAAAUAUUCUUGUCUGAGGUAAAGAAAUAAUGAAUGAAAGAUAGAAAAUAAUGAGUGACAGAUAAAGGUAAAAGAUGAUGAUAGUGAAGAUUGUGAAGAAGUAAAAGGUGUAUUUGUGUAUGUAUUGCUAAAAAUACAUAAAGGCAUUAAUUUAAGGAAGAAAGCCACCUCCUAUACGGAGAAAAUACAUCGAAUGAAAUUGAAAAAAUAGAAAAGAUAUUAAAAAACAUUGGAAAUAUCAUAAAUAAAAAAAAUAGAUAUGAACUGAAAAAUUAACUAUAUAAAUAGCUUUAUAUUAAAUUAAAAAGUGGUUUAUGUGAGUAAAUGGAUGUGAGAGAGAGAGAGAGAGAGAGAGAGAGAGAGAGAGAGAGAGAACCUUCAUUAAUAUUUCUCCUCGUGUUCGUUGAAGUCCUGAUGAUGUAUAAUUUUGUUUAUUUUGUACAUUUAACUCAGCCUCUGCCCACUGAGUUUAAGAAAAAAGAAGCAGAUUAAGCUUGACUAAACUACACAACUAGAUUUAUAGAACAAAAAUCUUGAGAGAAAGAGAGAGCAUGCAUUUCAACGCACAACUAAACUAAACAAUAAAAAAACUUGCAUAUGCAUAAUUCCCCCUUCAAAAAAUGCCUGCUACUCUGAAAUUGUGUUUUCGGCAGCCAUUUAGACUUGCUCAACAGUGUGGCAGGGCUGUGGGGUCUGUGAGGACGCCAGGCACUGCAGGUGGAGUGGCACUAGGCCGCCCCACAAUGGCACUCUUGACUACUGGACUGUGGAACCCUAAACAUCUUUCCUUUUUCUUGCUGUGGGAUAAUCUUGCAAGCCCCGACUCCCCUGAGGAUGCGAGAUAAGGGAAGCUGUUCCUAGAUGACUGGAUGAAGUGUUUGGUGUGUUUUGAGUUUUGUGUUGACCAGGAAGCAAGUUUGGCUGCAUUGGUUGGAGUUUGUUGUGUUGAUCAGGAAGUUUGGGAGAAUUGGAGUUAGGUUUGUGUUGAUUAGAAAGAAGGUUUGGGUGAAUUGCAGUUAGGUUCGUAUUGAUUAGGACUCCAGAUGUCAGGCCACGUGAUGCGGAAGAGUAGAGUAUAAGUUUCAUCAGUAUUAGAAUUUUCAAGUUGUGUUCAUUUGCAGGCUGGAUAAGAUGAAGAAAUGAGCAAAUUAGAGACAGAACAUAUGUAUGAGAACAAAGGUAGAGAGGCAGAACUGAGGUGGUGUGGCAAUGUGCAGAGGAAAAAUGAGCACAUGAGUAGGAGGGUGCUGGAGAUAGACCCACCCACCCACCAGGCAGGAGGUAGAGAGGAAGACCACAGAGAAGGUUUAUGGAUGCACUGAAGGAAGACCUGUGGAUUAUAGGUGUAGUAAUAGAUGCAGGAAACAGAGUAAGGUGGCGAUGGGUGAUCUACUGUGGUGACUGUACAAGACCAGCCAUUGCAGAUAAAAGAUUCUGCAGGAGUAAUGUUUGAUGUGCAGAGUAAGGAACAUUAUCAGAGAAAGCAUGAGAUAGAUAGAUAGAUAGAUAGGAGUAGAGAUGGAUUGGAGUGCAUACAAGAGAAAUGAGAUAUAUACUUACAUUUAUAGGGUAAGGAGUAGAGAUGGAUUGGAGUGCAUACAAGAGAAAUGAGAUAUAUACUUACAUUUAUAGGGAUAGAGAAAAAAAAGGAACAUAAGAGAAAUUGAGAGGGAUUGGAGCUUGUAAGACAACACCCAUCAGAAAAACUGGGUAGAGUCACCUACUUAACCUUAAUACCCACACGCCUCAGCCUCUCCCCUGUAUGGUCAGCCUAGUGCCCUCUGCCAGUGCCACUCAUGACCCCCACCCACGCCAGGCACUGGGAGCGCGACGAGCCAGCUUAUUGGAAAGACUGGUGUGCUAGGGCUAUUUAAAGGGCCUCUGUGCCAUGCUGUGCCACACUGGAUUGUUUCUGUGACCAGCCCCGCCACCCUGGGUUGUCUCACGGCUUUGUAGAACUCUUCAUCACCACUCAGGCCAUCAUCACCCACCCCAUCGCUCACCCCGACACAUGCACCCCAUCACACGCGCCCAUCAUCAGUGUAUAAGAGAUCCCAGAACCCGCAGUUUUUAUGGAGCUUUUCAUAUGUCGUUUUUAGUGACCAUUGUUGUAUACUCAUUUAAGAUGCCAAAUUAUAUAAGAAUUAUACUGG